ACUAGUAUUCACAUACGAUACGUCAGAGGUUUUGGCAACCCGUAGGUGAACUAUUUUCUUCAUUGUUGACCUUUCCUAAAUCUUAGGUGUAAUUAUUUCAUCAUUAGAAGUGCUUUAGCUUUACCGUUUAUAUCAAGUGUAGAUAUUUUGACAAAGCCUCAACGAUGGACUCGGAAGACGAUACAAAGGAUGAUGUGGAUUCUGGGAACGAAUCGAGCGGAGACGAUGUCGACUUUGUAAUGGACGAGACCCACAGUACUAGGGAACGACAAGUGGAGCUGGAUGAAUACCCGUACGAGGUGCUAUCUACAGAGGAAAUCGUCCAACACAUGGUUGAUUGCAUCAAAGAAGUGAACACAGUCGUCGAGAUACCAGCUACAACCACCCGCAUACUGCUAAAUCACUUCAAAUGGGACAAAGAAAAGCUCAUGGAACGUUUUUACGACGGCGACCAGGAUCAAUUGUUUUCCGAGGCUAGAGUCAUAAAUCCAUUUAGAAAACCAGUUAUACAGAGGCCAAAGACCGUGUUGCAGCUGCCCAGACGGACGUCGACGUCAGGAACUGAAGAGUGUGAAAUAUGUUUCACAGUACUGCCAACUGCGAUGAUGACGGGUCUGGAAUGCGGGCAUAGAUUUUGUACACAAUGCUGGUGCGAAUACUUGACUACCAAAAUAAUGGAGGAAGGCUUAGGUCAAACUAUAGCGUGUGCGGCGCACGCAUGCGACAUAUUAGUCGAUGACGCGACUGUAAUGCGACUGGUGCGCGACGCGCGCGUCAAGCUCAAGUAUCAGCACAUCAUAACCAACAGCUUUGUGGAGUGCAACCGACUGCUCCGCUGGUGCCCGUCGCCGGACUGCAGCAACGCGAUCAAGGUGGCGUACGUGGAGGCGGCGCCCGUCACGUGCCGCUGCGGGCACACGUUCUGCUUCAGCUGCGGCGAGAACUGGCACGACCCCGUGCGCUGCUCGCUGCUGCGCAAGUGGAUCAAGAAAUGCGACGACGACUCUGAAACAUCGAACUGGAUAGCGGCAAACACAAAGGAAUGCCCGAAGUGCAACGUGACCAUCGAAAAGGACGGCGGCUGCAACCACAUGGUCUGCAAGAACCAAAACUGCAAGGCGGACUUCUGCUGGGUCUGCCUCGGGCCCUGGGAGCCCCAUGGUAGCAGCUGGUACAACUGUAACAGAUACGACGAGGACGAGGCGAAGGCGGCCCGCGACGCGCAGGAGCGGUCGCGCGCGGCGCUGCAGCGGUAUCUGUUCUACUGCAACCGCUACAUGAACCACAUGCAGUCGCUGCGCUUCGAGUCCAAGCUGUACGCCUCCGUCAAGGAGAAGAUGGAGGAGAUGCAGCAACACAACAUGAGCUGGAUCGAGGUACAAUUCCUGAAGAAGGCCGUAGACAUCCUCUGCCAGUGCCGGCAGACGCUCAUGUACACGUACGUGUUCGCGUACUACCUGCGCAAGAACAACCAGUCAGUGAUCUUCGAGGACAACCAGCGGGACCUGGAGUCCGCCACCGAGACGCUCUCCGAGUACCUGGAGAGGGAGAUCACUAGCGAGAACCUGGCCGAUAUCAAGCAGAAGGUCCAGGAUAAAUAUAGAUACUGCGAGAGCCGGCGCCGCGUGCUGCUGUUGCAUGUUCACGAGGGCUACGAGCAGGACUGCUGGGACUACACAGAGUAAUCACCUCCCACCUCACGCCUCACACCUCACAUUACUCAACUAACCACAUUAUCACAUCUGUGCUCAAAACUCACACUGAGGUCAAGGUGAGGAAGAUCGUUAAUAAGGUAAGACCGUCUAAAAACUCUUCAGUUGCUUCUAACUUUUGUCUGUACGGUCAGUAGAGCAGAAUGAGCCAAGCUCUUCCUUUCCGUGUCUGUGAGACCUGGGAUUAUGCAAAUACAAGAGUUCAUGCCCUCUGUGACGGUCUACACAUAAAAAUAUGGCGGUCUUCCUCAUAUCGAUCUCCUAGUUAGGAUGGUGUUUAGCAAAAAUGAGUCAUCCCACAUCCAUUUUGCAAUAAAAUGUCAACUUUAAGCGUACAUUUUUUGAGUUGACAUCUUAUUGAAAAAUUAUUGUGGGUUGACGCAUUAUUGCUUAACAGCAUCCAGUUGUCUCUGGCCGCUUGUCACAUCCUCAAACGUGAAAGCGCGGCGCGUGAGUAGUAAUGUUCUCAGCACAGACGUUUGAACCUGAUACUUGGUCAAAUGUAUGUACCCAUACAGACUGCACGAUUGUCCCCAUUCGAUAAUCACUCGUCAUUUACGAUAUCCGGUUGUUUUGAUUAUUGAACUUGAUUGUGAAAUUAUAUAUUUUUUAAGUCACGCACCCAAACAAAUAUGACAAUUUACUUACUCAUAUUAUGUCGUUCGCCAAUCAUGUUUCAUUUUCUAUACAUCUCAUGACUUACGGAAGAAUGCAUUGGAAUUAAAAAUGAAUCCGUGUUGAUUAUCUUGGUUUAUAGAAAUUUUAUCUUUAUUCUUAAACUGAAUGUUUUUUCGAAAUUAUGUUAGACGUUUGAGCUUUUAAGUUUAUCUGACGCGUUCACGAUCAAAAUGUCUUUAAUACAUUCACGUCUAAACCUAAUAACACAUUUUAAAAUAAAGAGAUGCAAGAUCCAACACCUUGUGUUCGUUUUGAAUUUAUGUAUGUAAGAAUUUUAUUUUUCUAAUAAUAGUUCACCUAUGUAUACACUACCGGUGAAAAGUUUUAAGUUCACCCCUUAUCGGUACAAAUGAGUACUUUUGUGCGAUAUUUUUUUCCAGUUCGGAUGUCGAAAUGUGUUUCCAACUGAUCCGUUAUUUCCAGAGGUGUGUUUAUCAGUCAGACACAAUUUACGUACAUUUCUAACUGUAACAACAGUACUCAUUUGUACCGAAAACAAGGGGUGAACUUUAAACUUUUGACCGGUAGUAUAAAUUAUAUUAAAAUAUGUAUAAAAUAAUUGUUCGUAUUAUACGAUGAUUCAUAUACAUAUAUCGCUGUUGAGGGACAUGUUUUGCUGAUGUAAGAUCUCAUGUAAUUUACAUUUUAAAUGUAUAUUUUCACGUGGUGAAAGAUAUAUUUACUAAUACUCUCAUUUGGUACUUGUAUCAUUAAAAACUAGUUUCUAAAGUGUAUAAUGGUAAACCAACACUAAUCGUACUGUCAGUAAGGCCAUUUCAUUCAAAAGUUGUAUUAACGGUAAUUCAUAAUAUUUUGUUCUAAAGUUUGAAACCAUUAUAUUUUAGUGCAGAAUUUAGAAGUUUAUUUUAGUCAUAUUUUUAUUAGAAACGAUAAAUUGAAUGGACUGGAAUGCAAGUUUUGUAAUGAUGAAAACUGUCUGUAGUCCUCGAGGAUUUCCUGACACUUGUUAAAAUGUACGUUCGAUGUUCUAAAGAGCCUCAGUCGUAUGGUAUGUCAUAUACAUACAUAGUUGGACUAGUAAGUAUAGCUUGUAGCUAGUACCAGAAACACUUGUCCAGGGAAUUUUCCUUUGAUUUGAUGCUACUUCAAAAUCUAACUUUUAUUUUUGAUGUUUAGUUUGACUGCGUAAUAAUAAUUAUCGUGUAAUUCGUAUUAGUGUAGUGUAACAUUUAAAACUUCGAUGAUACUUAUUUGAUAAUUGUAUUAUGACCUCAUGUCCCUCGGGAUUUAGAAUAAUAGCAUUUUGUUACUUUAUUUUAGCUUUGGCUUGUUAAUUUGAACUAAAAAAAAGUAGAAAACUAGCAUGAAAUGGCACAAUAUAGAGUUGCGAUGAAGAGGAAACAAAAAAUAUAUUUUACCAAAAAUCCUAUUUUUGUUAUUAGAGUAAUGUUUAUGAAUACGAAGGUAAGCUGUUCGAUCGCAGUUUAGUUUGUUCGGCGUUAUGGCCCGUCUGUAACCUUACACAUAACGUACGUAGCGGUAAUAGUGGUACCUAUUCUAUACCUACAGACACGACCGGUACUGGAACUCGCUGACUGAGGGUCGUUAAAGUAAACAUAAGUCGCGGCUAAGUUAACACUAAAUGUUUGCAUCUCGGGAUUCGCUAUUUCAUACAAGUUAAGAGAUAAAAUCUAUUUUUGAAAGUCUAGUGAAUUCAAGCUUUUUGUACAAUAGAACUCGCGCUACAUAUCUGAUAUCUCUGUCAUAAAUAUAUUAAACGAUUCGUGCAUAAGUCGGUUGCACUGCCAGUAAACGUCUAAAGUAAAUUAAUGUAAAGCUUGCGUAUGAGUGUUCACAUAGUGAGCGCGCGUAGAGUAGAAGGUCCUGGCUCAAACAGACUAAGCGAACAUACCAGAGUAACCCCACGGCAUCGCUAGAGUAGCUAAAGGACCUAGUUUCGGAACACACUUGUACAUAUAGACGCUAUAUAAAUAUUUACAUGGUUAACUUGUAACUCACAUUAUGACAAUGGUAUUGAUGAGCAUCGUGUGUGUGACUAUGUUUAAGGACACAGUUGGUUAAGUAAGAAUGAAUAAAAUAGUAACAUCGACUA